AUGGAAGAAUCAAAACCCCUGCCCGAAAAUGUGUCAGGAGUAGGGUCAGAUUCGGAUCAGCCAAGAAGUCCCGUUGAUGUAGCCGCAGAUGAUGGAUACAUGACUGGAUGGUCCUUGGGUAUCCUGGUUCUAGCCUUAGGUCUGGCCUUGUUUCUGGUUGCCCUCGAUAUGACCAUCAUUUCCACCGCAAUUCCUAGUAUCACGAAAGAGUUCCACUCCAUUGACAGCCAAGGAUGGUAUGGCUCGGCUUUCUUCUUGACCGACGGGGCAACACAAGCUUCAUGGGGCAAGAUCUACCGCUUCUUUCCGUUGAAAAUUUGUUUCAUUAUCUCCAUGGCGGUUUUCGAAGCAGGAUCUCUCAUAUGUGCCCUUGCAAAUUGGCCAAUCAUGCUUAUUGUCGGUCGCGCAAUUGCUGGAGUCGGCGCAGCUGGUGUCGCAUCUGGCGCAUAUACCAUCCUUGCAGUGAGCGCAGCACCGAGGAUACGAGGAUCCCUCACCGCUAUAUUUGGAAUGAGUUAUGCUUUUGCCAGUUUUGUGGGCCCGUUGCUUGGAGGUGUUUUCACGACGGAGACCACUUGGCGAUGGUGUUUCUGGAUCAAUUUGCCUAUUGGUGGUCUUGCAUUAGCGGCCAUCCUAUUUCUUUUUACUCCUCCGGUUGGACCAAAGCCGGAGCCGGCGACAUGGAUCUCAAUCUUUAAGCAAGUUGAUUUGACAGGGGUCAUGCUUCUCACGAGCACGAUGAUAUGCUACCUUCUCGCAAUGGAAUGGGGGGUGCUGUCAAGCCCUGGAGUCACCGUGAUGUGGUGGGAACGCUUGCUGGGUUCGUUAUCAUUGGUCUCAUCUUCUGCGCCUGGGAGUGGCAUAUGGGAGACGACGCUAUGA